CUUCUAUACCCAUCAUGAAAUACGUUGCAGCACUGCGAGAACUAAACACGGUCCGUCGAACGCAAGUUACGUCAGAAUCGACACGUGGAACGACUCCAUGAAUCAGAUUAGAUUUAAGUAUUCCAGUUGCUAUUUUCAUAUCGGGUCAUGCACAUCGACGUUAACUCUGCCUGCUAACUCGCUGACAUUUAGUUCGUUCAAACGGUGGUAAGCUGACAAUGUCGGUCCCAAAUCAAGCCAUAAUAACUGACAUAGACAAUAAUUUAAAAUCAAACUUGAUUUGUGACAGUGAUGCUAUACAAAGUUCUUUGUGUGUUAUAAAGAAAUCAUCUCUGGGUGGAAGAGGACUGUUCACUCGGAAGAGAAUCGAGAAGGGGAGUUUAAUUUUCACUAAUAAGGCGCUCGCUAUCGGACCAAGAAAUUGUGACCUCGAUACUACGUUUUGCGCUUACUGUUACAAAACCUGUGAAGACUGCAAUUAUUGUGAAAAGUGCGGACUAGCAGUGUGCUGCGUAAAUUGCGAAACAUCUCCUAUGCACCUAACAGAAUGCAUCUUCAUCACAACGCAUUGGAAGCCAAAGUUCAACGUUACAAAAACAAAGAUACUUGGACGAAUGCGUAUUUAUAUACAAUUAUAUCAAUUGUCCUCACAACUAAAAGAAUCGUUACUAUUUUAUCAACUUGAUAAUCCUUCUAUGUUUUAUGAAUUAGAAUAUCUAUGUUCAGGUUUCGUUAUACCAAAUGAACAGAUAGAAUUUAUAAAAAUCGUUCACUCGAUUCUUAAAAUAAACUCGUUUAGAAUUCCUACGAACGAUAGAGAAAAAACGAUACCAUUGCGUGGCUUGUUUCCUUUAGCAGCUUUCUUGAAUCACAAUUGUGUGCCAAAUACUAGAAAUGUGUUUAAAAAUAAUAACGUCAUGGAAGUAUAUGCAUCAAGAGAUAUAGAACUUGGAGAAGAGAUAUUUACCUGUUACACUAAUUUCCUUUGGUGUACUCCAGUAAGGCGCUACCAGUUGUACAAAUCGAAAAACUUUUGGUGUAAAUGUACACGUUGCAAAGAUCCAUAUGAAAAGGGAACAAAUCUAUCUGCGAUAAAAUGUUUCGAUAAACAUUGCACUGGAGCUAUUCUUCCCGAAAACCCUAUAAAUCCAUCGUCAGGAUGGUUAUGUGACACUUGCCGAUCUAAAAUACCUAUUGAAAAAAUCAACUCUGCGCAAAAUAUUGUAGGUAGUCUUGUGAGAAUUAUUUCAGAAGACAAAGAUAUUAAUCCGAAUGGUAUAGUCCUAAAACGACUUGAAUCAUUCUUGCCUCCUUGCAGCCACAUAUUCGUCGACAUACAUUUGAGAUGGGCCCUUAAGCUCGGAUACUUUGAAGGAAUGAGUUUAUAUGGUAUUCUGAAAUAUAUCAAAUACUUUCUGUCGUAUCAGCUUUCAGCUAACAUAACUAACAUUGACCUUCAAAUAAUAACAAGUAAACAAAUGCGUAAGGCAAUGAAAUAUUUUUAAAGAAUGUAAUCACUAAGUACACUCCACGGGACUGUCUCUUCAGGUGAGAUUUCAUGUUGUUAUUUUUUAAUAUUAAUUAAAUAAUAAUG